CCAUAAGCGUCCCUCCAGACCCCGCCAGGUGAUCGAUGGAGCUCCAUCUCUUCACGUGAACAUCAGUGAAACUAAAGAGUAAGGAGGGACAUUGGUCUGACCUUGGAAAGCCCAUGACGACGAACCAGGAAACCAUCAGUGCAGGGUCCAAAGACUGACACGUGAUCCGCGGGGUACUUGGACAAACAUCACGUCAUGUCCAACAAAGAAGGUAUUCGUUGAGUCAUUCGAAGACACUCUCUCAUCCAACCAAGGGCACCCAGGGGAACUGCGACGCCCUUACACUUCUAUAACAUCGAAUAAGAUACCUUGCUCGUACUCCGCUACCUGAGCUGCCCAGGACGUUAAGCCUGAGUAGGUAAAAGCACACAGAGGGACGAGAUCAACACAGGAGCACACAGUCUGUGUGCCCAGGCUCAGGCUUUUACAUAAUGGACUUCUACCCCCAGCUUGCCUGCAUAUGCGCCAUCUUGUAGGGUUUCCCUGCUCUGCUGUACGGAAUUUCUCGCUUCAUCUCCAAAGAUAUGACUUCAACAUCUGAAUUUGAUCUCGACUUGGAAAGGUCGCAAGAGUGGGAAGACGUCAGGAAGGAAAUGCACGAAGCCAUUGCAGCGAAAGACGAGGCUCGUGUUCUAAAGUGCCUGGAUGCUGCGCCUGCAUUGAAACUGUGGUUGGAUCCUGUCACAGAUGAGUCAGCUCGUUACAAAGCACUUAAAAAGAAAGCCUUUCGUAUUCAUGGCCUCUUAGUCUCGCGGGAAUGUGGACUCAAAGACGACGAAGAAUCAUCGUGUUACCAAGGUCUCACACGCGUUGAACGAGCUGAAAUUCGACGGCAACAAUAUUACACCACAGAAUGCGAUGACUCUGACAUCGACUAUUUGAAAAGCAAAUCAGAAAGCAUCACCAGAUGUGAUGACUUCGGUGUACGAAAGGAGAAGAUGUUUAAGCAGCUCUCCAGUGAUGAAUUAAACAGGAUUAUUCUCAAAGUGGCUGCAACAGCGCCGCAUCUAAAAAUAAAAUUCGACUACAGCAGUAAAAACGUUCAAGGGACCACGGGAAGCUGCAACAGAAGCGACAUCGGCCUUACUAACUACGAAGAACAAAGAGUUUUCAUCGGGGGACGUGCUGAAGAAGCCGUAGUCUGGGGAACACUUAUUCAUGAGUUAUGCCAUAUGGCACUUUUUCUAGUGUAUAGGAACGAUGGCAAGCCUUAUUACAGUGACGAUACGGAGCGGGAAAAGCAAUACAAAAACAUCCUGAAUAACAUAAAACCGAAGCAAAAAGGUAUGAAAAUUCUCAUCCAGCAAGCUUUUAUGAGCAAGAAGAAUGAAGAAGAAGAAUUAAUUGUACGGAUCCCUCACGUUCUGGUUCAAUAUGGUUGCGACGAAGGUCAUAGGAUUCUGGAACGAGAAGUACCCGAACUACUAAAUUUUUUCAAGGACCGUGUCAUCCUAGACAUGCGAGAAUACAUUAAGAGUGGGAUCCCCUCGGCAGACGCAGAAAAGAUCAGAGAAGGAAAUGCCACACUCAAAAGAUCUCUCAAGAUUGGCAAACUUAACGUCAAAUUCGAGAAACCAUUAACGAACAGUGUGUGGAACAAAGGGCCCCUUCACGUAUUUACGGGUCCAGAAAUAAGGCUUCUGGAAAUAAUGGUUCACAACGCUGUGAAAUCUUCAGGCCAGCCAUACUUGUUUUUCGAAACAUCCCAGAAGGAGUGGAAAGAGCUGUUAAUGGACUACAAAUGGGCAUUUGUGCUCGUGACGGUCCGCCCUAACACAGAGUUAGGAAUGGAUCUCCUGAGUGAAGUGUCCAGUGUGACUGGAGCGAAAGUCAUCUUCCUUGUGGAAGACAGAGACAAGGAUGACUUGUUGAAGCAAGUGCAAGAAGACGCAUUCUUUGCCGCUGAACUUGUAGAGCAUAACAUCCUUGAAGCGAGUUUGGAGCAUGUCGCGGAGAGCUGCAAAACAGAAGUUUUUCAAAAAUCUCGCGUAGAACUUCAGGGCGAAUAUGUUUCUGGCUUUCCUGAAGCAAUGAAUAUCAACACCUUCUUACGUUUUGUUGACACUUCGGUUUUCCUAAAGCUAUGUGAAUCACUGUACAUUGAUGUGGGACCUCCUCUUCAUGAACUAGAAGAAGGUGUUAAAAACUGUUAUGUGGAGCGAGUGUUUACAAGGGUCGUGAAAAUUGACCUGAAAAAGUGCAGAAUGGACGACGAGAAUGAAGCUUUCGCACUUUUGGGGUGUCCGGAUGAUUGUGCUGCAAGACUUGUACCUCAAGGUUACGAAGCCAAACAUCAGGAUAAUUUAGAGAGUUUUGAAAAAUUUGUGGUCCUUCAGGAGUCACGUGACUAUGAAGCUCUCCUGAAAAAUGAUAAUUACCAAGGGAAGGUAGUGCAUCUGUUGCGGAUCAGUGAAUCCGGUGAGGGACUGAUGUGGAUUAAAUCAAAUGACCGUUUCAGUCACCUUCCAAUGAUGGGAAGUCAUUAUUAUACUACAGAGACUUUGCUGAAAGUGCCCGAGAAGGUCGUCCUCGUCACUGGCGCACCCGGUAUGGGAAAGACUGUGCUAGCAUCUCGGUUGUGUACACAGUUAAAAGCUCAAGACAAGAAGCGGUGGGUGCUCUACGUCGACCUUGUUCAGAGAAUGGCAUCGGUUAAAACUGCGUCGCCUACUCUGGAAUAUCUAGCGGAUCUGUGCCAAGUACAAAGAGGUGGUCUGGAGUUCGUUUUGUUUGAAGAAAGCUUGAACAAUGGAAGCCCUUUCAAGGUCGUUGUCAUGUUGGAUGGCUUCGAUGAAGUCAAUGAGAAAUGUCGCAAGCAUGUGUUCGACCUUAUACAGUUUCUAGCUAACAAAAAAGUUUACAAGGUGUACCUUCUUACUCGCACUGUGUUUAAACCCCAUGUACAAGAUACCUUGCACACGGUGUCAUAUGACCUCGUUCCUUUUUCUAAUGAAAACCAGAAUGAAUUCCUCACAAGAUAUAGGGCCCAAAGAGAAACUCCAGCGACCAGCAAUGAGGCAUUUCUGCAAAAAUUCCAGCAACUGUACGGGACAUUGAAGAAGAAAAACAAGACCAUCCUAGAAACCCCUCUCCUACUUCGUAUGAUGGCUCAGAUAGAGAGCGGGGAAAUUACGAAGUCGGACGAUUACUCUUCGUUGCUCAAAAUUGUUGACAUUUCCGGUGGGAGCAGUACAUACACUGUACACAUGUACAAGAUGUUUGUCGAGUACAAGCACCUUGUGCACCGAAAAGAGAAGGUGAAGGAAGACAUCUCCCGAAGUGCUGUGCGAGGGGACAACCAUGGCGCGAAGUCUCCAUUCUACGCAAACCAUGGUCUACUGGCUAUGAAGUGUAUAUUUCCUCAGGAUAUAUUGAAAAACUUAUUGAAUGAAGACGAAUUAGAGCAGUUAGAUCCCGAAGGAAGUUUCAUCACCGGCGUUGAUUCUUUCAAAGAAGGUUUUGUGAAUAGAAUUAACGAUGGAGGAAUUCCCGAGUUCGUUCAUAAGACUUUCGCUGAAUUUUUCACAGCUCACUACCUGUUGGAAAGGGCAAAAGGAAGAAAAAAAUCCAGUUUUAGGGAAAAUGUCGUCGGAUUGUAUGGUAAAGAAGACUACGAGGGUGUAAUGCUGUUGUUCGAUGGACUGGCGUCGGCUUCCUAUCCACUUCACUCUGCUGUGAUAAACAACGACGCUUCAUAUUUUGAGCAACGUGAUAUUCAAACAGAAGACAUGCUGGUUGGCGAUGAGAUCGAAAGGACGCCAUGGCACGUAGCAGCCCUGCAUUCUGAUAAAGCAACAUUGAAGAGGCUUCCAAUAGAUGAUGAACUAAUCAACAAUGAUUUAUUUAAUAUGUCACCGUUGGGAUACGUGGAACUCUUUUCCCCAUGGGACGCAGAGUGGAUGAAAGAUCUGUGGGAAGGGCCUGUUAUGAGUUAUUUGUGGACUGUGGCUAUGAAGAAACGUCUGUGGGCUGAGACUUCAGCUCUGAGAGAGAGACUCAACGUGUUGUAUACUCGAUGCAGUGAGGAAGCAGUGAAACAUUCUACCGAAAAUCUGCGCAGGUGUGAAACCUUCGAGCAAAAAAGACUUUUUCUAGAGCGAGCAAUAUUCACGGCUGUGAUACACGACCUUCGAGGCGUUUUAGACGUGUAUCUGAGCUAUGUGUCCCCGAGACAGAGUACAGGAGAACUAGACAGAGACAUCAUGGACCAAUUAGAAUCACGCAAGAAACGAAGCUUGAGAUGUUCUGCAGAGCCUUCGGUAAUUGGAAACCUUGAUGACUUUGCAGACAGUGACUAUAAAACUGCCCCUUUUUACGCAAAGUCGGAGGUUGUUUGCAAAAUGCUCCUUCCUUACUGCGAUAUGGGAAUUCGUGACAAGGAUGGAGACACAAUGUUGCACAUUAGUGCGAAAGGAGGAAAUCUGGAGACAACACAGUUUUACCUCGCACGUAUAUCCAUUAACGAAAGAAAUACAUACUUUCGAACUCCUUUGCACUUGGCUAAAGAUGCAGAGAUGGUGAAGCUACUUCUUCCUCUUUAUCCCUCAGUGAAUGUUCUCGAUUGUGAGCAAGAAACUCCUAUGGAUAUAUGUGCAGAGAGAUAUGAUUUGGAGGCCAUGAAGUUGUUACUCCUUCGCACUCGGACAUAUGACGAACAUCACAUCAGGCUGAACACAACGCUUCAUGUGGCUUCUGACUUUCAAUCCCUUGAAGCUGUGACGUUUCUUGUACCUCACGCAAAUGUGCAUAUGCUUAACUACAGAGGAGAAACGGGCUUAGACGUUGCUUGGACAAGUUCGGAUUGCAACGUUAUGAUGUGUCUCAUCCCACACUCGCUCGUGAACUCACCUGAAACGUUCAGCUCAUCACCGUUGUACGUCUGGGCGAGAGAUGGUGGAACGGAAUUGGUGCAAACUCUAUGGCCUUAUUUGCGACACAGUGACCCUAGGCAUGCACAGAGGAUCAGCAGAAGCUCGGUGAUGGUGCGGGUGAACGAGGAUUUCGAAGAAGAAAUUUAUUGUCUGAAACUUCUCUUCCUCCAUUUAGAUGACAUCGCUGAUGAUCGUUAUAGCCGUAAACUGCUACAUGAUGUGGCCAAGCAGAAGCUACGUAAAAUAGAAGAAGUUAAUUACAUUAAUUACAUGAAACUGUUACUGCCGCAUUUAACUCUCAGUGAGCAGGAUUAUGUAGAGUGGAGCGUAGAAAGUGACGACAUUGUUACCUUAUAUCGAAGAUGGUCGCACAUGAAUAACAUCGAUGAUCCCCAUAUUCACGAUGUCGACACGGAAAUGAUCGACGACGAUGGCAAUACGGAGUUGUUAACAGAAGCAGAGGAAGGAAAUGUGGAAGCUGUUAAAAUUCACCUCUCCCAUUCAUCCGUGUGCUUUACAGAUGAAGAAGAGAACACUGCAUUGCAUUUGAGCGCGAGGAACGGACACACAAAUGUGGUGAAGCUUCUCAUUCCUUUUUGUACAUCAGUGGACGUGAUCAAUCUGGAUCGAGAAACGCCUAUGCAUAUGUGCGCCUUUAAAGGACACCUGGACAUUGUAAAGUUAUUAUUACUCCGCUCUGGAUUGAGUUCCCGUGACAAGAAGGGAAGGGCACCUCUUCAUUUGGCCUGUGAAAGUGGUGCCGUUGAUAUCGUGAACUUCCUUCUUCCGCACUCAUUCCCUAAUAUGCGCGUCUGGUCCGGUCACACAUGCUGCGCUCUUUCCGCUGAAAUAAGCCAAAUGAAUGUUCUGAGAUGUCUCAUCCCUCACUCUCUUAUACACUGUCCUAAUUUAGUAGGCGAUUCGCCAACGAGAACCUGUGCAAGUCUUUAUAUGAGAGAAGAACUGGUGACGUUAUUGCCAUAUUCUUGUGAUUAUGACGCAGCGAGUUUAUUGACUAAGCUCGAGCUGCAAUCUCGUAGGGGCUAUACGAGGAUGAGAACUACGCCUUGUCUGAAACUGAAACUCAAAUGUCAAGGCAGUAGAUAAGUGUGUCUGUGCAACACCCACUCAUUCAAAAGUAUUAUGUAGUGAGUUAUUCAUUCUGGCAUCCUACAGAGUUCGAGAUAUCACAACACCUGAAAUAUAUUCCUCUCUUGCUUCCACAUACAAAUAUUUGUGCUAAGGACGAUGAAUGCAACGAACUAUUACAAGGAGCCCUCCAAAGUAGCCAAGAUCCCGAAUUGGUUAGCUUCCUUCAGAAAUGGACUCGCUUGAAUGACUUUCAUUCAUGAUGCUGACGAUUGUUGGCAACGGUUGUGGUUAAGCACCAAGUGCCACUGAGCUGUCAAUGGACACGAGCUCUGAAUAUGAUAUAGCAGUUUUAAUAGAGGUAUCAACAGCAGUAUACUGAGUCCUUGUCUUCAUCCGAGAAAGCACAAAUAUUCAUCCAGUGUCAAAAUGAAAGAAAAAAGAUCACUUUUCUGAUUUUUUGUGAUUGUGAUUAUGACUUACGCAUUUUGUUUCUUAUUCCUUAUGUUACAAAGUACUAUUCCGUAGCAGGUUCAUAAGGUGAUUUGAAAAUGUGUAAAAAAUGUGUCUAUUCCUAAUGUGCUAGUAAUAUGGUUAGCUAUGAUAUGCCACAGUAUUAGAAUACGGCUGCGUGCGAUUAUGUUUGGUGUCAAAUGUAAAUGAACAAAAGUGUUUUUCGCACAUUGGAGAAAGUUUAAUUCAAAUUAUUUUGGAACUCUCGCUCACUUCGCUGCAGAGUUGAAUAAAGUAAAUAUUGUCGAGCGAAACACAUGUGUGAUACAGUCGUACUUUUAUUACGACCUAAUAAAUGUAAGGGUUCCAAAUUGCUUUUCCAGUUAUCGUUACAGAUUACGGAACAUAUUACUUUGAAGUAAUCAAGGUUCGUGUAAAGGAACCUCAACUGACUCAAAUAUGCCUGUUACAAAUUAGAUUUGUGUACGUGUGAUUAAAUGAUUAUAUGCAGUUGUC